AUGGCAAUUUCUUACGAGGAUGGAUUAAUCAAUGUAGCCAUAUAUGAGUCCCGGGUUUUCAACAUACGUGGCGUUCACACUUUUGUAAUGUCCACGCUUGAACUGAAAUUAUCCAAAUUAGACCAACGACUAAAGGCAGCUAUCAGCGAACGACGUUUCUAUGAGGCUCAUCAGUUAUACAAGACCAUACAUUUCCGUUGUAUGAUGCGAAGAAAUUAUCAAGAAGCACUAAAGUACUUAAAAUCUGGUUCCGAGUUUUUACUUGAUAAUGAACAAUUUGAAAGUGGUACAGAAUUAGCUUGUCUUGUACUUGAUGUGUAUAGCCAGAGCGAAGCAGUUUUAACCGAAUCUCAUCUAGAUGAAAUUUGUGAACUGUUGAUACGAAUGUGUCUUGGAGAAGAUAGGACGCGUUUUAUUCACAAGGCACUCCAUCUUCUCCAAAAGCAAAAAGAUCUUCUGGCUGGGUUCAAUGGUUAUCUCGCCCGUGUAUUGUGGCAGGAAGGAUCUUUUAGUGAAGCGAGGUUGCACAUUAUGUUAUCCUCUAAUGGUUAUGCUGCUGGUGUAUUCCUUGUCGCUUUACAUCAGAGAUAUGGGCUUCGAUCGGAAAUAGAUUUAUUUAUUGCACAGGCUGUCCUUCAGUUUUUAUGUAUGAAACAAACGUCAGUUGCUAUACUGACAUUUUACACAUACACACGAAGUCAUCCUCGAUUGGAGCCUGGACCACCGUUUACAGGUUUUCCUCUAUUAAAUUUCCUGUGGUUUUUGAUGUUGGCCAUUGAAAAGAAAUGUAGUCUAGCUGUGUUUUCAGUACUAUGUGAAAAGUACAGUCCUCAACUGAAUAGAGAUUCGUCUUAUUUAAAAUAUUUGGAUAAAAUUGGGCAAUUAUAUUUUGGUGUUAAACCACCUACAAAUGAAAUGAAUAGUUUUUUUUCACGCAUAAUGCAAAUGUUUAAUGAUGGAGACAGGCUGGAAGAUUCUGUGUCAAGUGAUGACCUGGGUCAUUGUGCACCGAAUGGAAAUACCGAUGUAAAUUCACCAGAGGAAAUGUGUUUCGAAGAUGUGGAUUAA